GUGUUGAGGAAUCUGCUUUCCUGCAACCUGGCGCUGUGAUGACGAAGAUGAUUGCAAAGACAGUAGCGACGAGGACGGAUGUGGAAAGGUCAGCUGCCUACGCAACUACUUCAUGUGUUCUUCGGGAACUGAGUGCGUGCCCGGCUUCUUCCGCUGUGACAAGGAGAAUGACUGUGCUGACGGGAGUGACGAGUUGGGUUGUGAUGAGAAAAUGUCGUGUUCUGGAACCGAGUUUUUCUGUCGCUCCACGAACAACUGCGUCCCCGAGAGUUUCGUUUGUGACGGUGACGACGACUGCGCCGACGGAAGCGACGAAGAAAACUGCCCGGAAAAAGGAGAAUGUAAAGAAGAAGAAUUUACAUGUGACGAUAAGACAUGCAUUUCCUCGGACUGGCGAUGCGAUGGAGACAGAGACUGCUUGAACGGUGAGGACGAGGCUGGCUGCGCUGAGAUAACGUGCCACGCCGAGGAGUUCCAAUGUGCGUCCGGCGAGUGCAUCCCGAAGACCUUCGCUUGUGAUGGAGCCGAUGACUGCUUCGACAUGUCCGACGAGAAGAACUGUACACAGGAGCUGAACUGCGGCGAAGACGCGUUCCCUUGCGGCACUCUGUGUCUACCGCGGGAGAGGAUCUGCGAUGGCACUGCAGACUGCAAGGACGGCACCGACGAGAUGAAUUGUGCAACUGAGACCGAAACCCCGACGACGGAGACAGUAACGACGAUGGGGACGACAGAAACGGCGGAGUGUAUCGAGAACCAGUUCCAAUGCGCCAAGGAGAACCUGUGCAUUCUCGCAUCCUGGCGCUGUGACGGAGAGGAGGACUGUGCCGAUGGAAGCGACGAGGCAGGCUGUACGACUGAAUGUGACGAAGAUGAGUUCAAAUGCGCAACAGGAGACAAAUGCAUUCCUUCAUCAUUCCGGUGUGAUGCAGAUGAUGACUGCGAGGAUGGCAGCGAUGAGGAGGACUGUGCUACGAGGGAAUGUACUAAAGAUGAGUUCAGAUGCGUAACAGGAGACAAGUGCAUCCCUGCAUCAUAUCAGUGCGAUUCGGAUAGAGACUGUGAUGAUGGCAGUGAUGAAGAGGACUGUGAUAAGAGGGAAUGUACUAAAGAUGAGUUCAGAUGCGUAACAGGAGACAAGUGCAUCCCUGCAUCAUAUCAGUGCGAUUCGGAUAGAGACUGUGAUGAUGGCAGUGAUGAAGAGGACUGUGAUAAGACUGAAUGUGACGAUGAUGAGUUCAGAUGCACAACAGGAGACAAGUGCAUCCUUUCAUCUUUUCGGUGUGAUACACAAAAUGAUUGUGAUGAUGGCAGUGAUGAAGAGGACUGUGAUAAGAUUACCUGCAGAGAUGAGGAAUUUACUUGCAAAGGCGAUGGUACUUGUAUCCCCUUGGCCUGGAAGUGUGAUUCUGACAACGACUGUGCCGAUGACAGCGACGAGGAUCAGUGUGAGGAAGAAAAAGAAUGUGGAAUCGACAAUUAUAAAUGCAGUAAUGACAGCUGCAUACCCUUGAACUGGGUCUGUGAUGGCGAGGAAGACUGUGACAAUGGUGACGAUGAAGAAAAAUGCAACUCUCAGGUCGAGUGUAAGGCAGGCGAAGUGCUGUGCGCAGGAAACUCCACUUGCCUGCCGAAGAGCAAGUGGUGUGAUGGCACUAAGGACUGUGAGGACGGCAGCGACGAAGCAGACUGUGAUGUGAAAGUCAAGCCGAGGGAAAAAUGCAGAAACGACGAGCUAGUGUGCAAGUCAACGGGUUCCUGUAUAUCUUUCUUCGAGGUGUGUGAUGGUAAAAGCGACUGUGACGACGGCAGUGACGAGGAGCAGUGCAUAGAUAGCUGUGGCACUGAAGACACCCCUUGCUUACACGAAGCCACGUGUUCGGUUAUAUGCCAGGGAGAAGAGGAAUGUUCUACGCUAGAAUAUGGAUGCUUUUUGUUUGAAUGCAAUGCCAAUUACUCGAUCUGCGACACCAAUAAAUGUUUCCAUAAUCUGUUACAAUGUGACGGAGAGAAGGACUGCAAGGAUGGGAGGGACGAGGCCUUCUGUCGUGAACCCACAGGAAGAUGCGCGGCGGGAUACACACAGUGCAGGACCAGAACUCGCUGCAUCCGGGACUCGUGGCGGUGCGACGGCGAGAGGGACUGCCCCAAUGGAGACGACGAAGAGAAUUGCAGCGACUGCGGAAGCCACUUCAGCUGCGAAGAUUCCAAGAAAUGUAUUCCAACCUCAUGGAAAUGUGACGGCGUCAGCGACUGUAACGACGGAAGUGAUGAAUAUGGCUGCCCUGUACCAUGUGAGGAAUUCCAUUGCGACUCUGAGACCAGGUGCAUCGGCAACGACUGGAAAUGUGACGGGGACAUCGACUGUUUGGACGGCAGUGAUGAGGAGGGCUGCCCCGAGGUGCAAUCCUGCCAGGAGGAUAUUGGACAGCUAAGAUGUGACAACGGCACGACCUGUGUUGAUGCUGAGAAAGUCUGUGAUGGAAACAGAGACUGUGAAGACGGUUUUGACGAAAGUCGCUUCUGUGAGAAGGCAUGCCAGCCAGGGAAGUGUAGCCACACCUGCGUGAAGAGCCCAAGUGGGGGGGUGUGCACUUGUCCUGAAGGCCAAGUAAUUGACGACCUGGGAACCACUUGCCAAGACGCAAUACCCCCCGCCUUCAUUCUUGUUGCUUCGUUAAACAAGGUGGACGCUCUCUCUCUGGACGGCUCAACAAGCUUCACAGUUUACGAAGGGAAAAAAUCGGAAAACGUCACGAUAAUUGGCGUAGCAUAUGACCCUGUAACUGACAUGGCAUUUUGGAGUGUGAACCAACGUGGAGGCAUAUAUAAGAAACCUUUGAGAAGUCCAGGUGCCGCUACAUAUAUCAUCAAUACAGAUGGAAAAGCCGUGGAUGGCCUAGCCAUGGACUGGCUGGGAAGGAAACCUGUACAUGACGGACAGUGGUCGGAACCGCAUCACAGUGUGCGACUUGAACGGCGUUUACUGCAACACGCUCGUGGCGAAUGUGACGGCUGUGAGAGGCAUUCAGGUCGACCCCGUCAACAGAAAGCUCAUGUGGUCCACAUGGCGAUCCUCCAAGAUCGAAAUCACCAACAUGGACGGAUCUAACCGCACCCUCCUCGUGCCUGACCUCCGUUGGCCGAAUGCAAUCGCCGCAGAUCCAUCGAAAAAGCGUCUCUACUUCCUCGACGCCCUGACUGACACGGCAGAGGUGAUCAGUUAUGACGGAACGAAAC